AUGUCUCUAUCCACCCUUCGCAUGGCCGUGAUAGCCCUUGCAAGCUCCCUCACUUUCACGGCAGCCCAGGACGACUGGGGCGACUUGGUACCAGAAGGCCAGAUUGCCUUGUGUCAAUCCCAACAGUGCCUUCUUGGAAGCCCAGUCCCCGGCGGCGCCAGUGCUCCAGAUUGCCAGGCGUUGGUCCACAGCGUCCUCGGACCGGGCGGUGAUUCGCUCACGGACACUCUCGGCGGGACCUGUGCGAGCGACUACACGACUGAAUGGGUUGUCGGAUGCGAUUCCGCCGGAGAGGUCACGCUGGUCGUCCACGAGGACACGGAGUACUAUACUUGCGAGGCUUCGGUGGCUGCGUGUCAGGUUUCGGCGUUAGGUCUGGCUACUGAGUAUAUUUCGAGGACUCAUAUAUGCCAUCCUGGAGCUUGA